GAGUACCCGAAACGGAAAUGUGCACUGAUUUUUCAUUCGAGUUAUUACAAUGUCCUCUCCAACAGUUACACAAGCAAAUCUCCCACCAAAACGCGAAGGAAAACCUCUGCGACGCGUCCAGCCUCCACUCAAAAACACCAGACUCACCAACUUGAUCUACAUUCUCGUUAUUCUUUCCACUCUCUUGACGGCAUUUUAUUCGUAUCGCAUGUUGCAGUGGAAAUCUGAGGUCGGCGGUUGGUGGAACCUCGCAUUGGGAAAACAGCCUCCAGCUGCGCAGGCGACACCAGUAGAUACUGGUUCUAAUAGCAGAAGGCGGGAUACUACGGAUGGUGGAGGCGUUGAGGACAAGAUAAACGCGUUGGCUGAGGCCCUUGGAAUGCCUCCUCAGGAUCUCGCCAAAGCAAUCGCUGUAGCAGUCAGGGAGUACGUUCCUCCGGCUAGUCUAUCCUCGAUAAAACAGAGAGAAACUGGGAAGCCAGCGGUUGACGAGCUGUUGCGAGGAAACGGAGAAGGCAAAACCGUGGAGGCAGACGAGCCUGAGAGUACUGGCAUUGUAGGAGGCGUGUUCAGAAAUAUGGACAGUUUUGUUGGGCUUGAUGAACCUUGAUAUCAUGAUUAAACGAAAUCAUGCAGUGUAGGAAGACAACUUGGGAUGGUCAUGGCUUUUCUUGUAUCGAGAAUUCGAACAUGCAAAGAAUUACGCAAAGCACUGUUGUUCGAUUAUCGGAUGAGCACUGAAAGAACUCUGAAGUUCUCAC